UGCUUGCAUACUUACCUCUCAAAUUGUGAUUGACAACCCUUUGGAAUCAUAUAAUAUUGAAAUAGAAAUAGAAGACAUAAACGACAAUGCUCCCAAGUUCUCUAAAAAUGAAUUUGAGAUAGAAAUUCCUGAGAAUGUUCCUACAAAUAUGGUAAUUCCCUUGGAAUCUGCAGAUGAUGAGGACCUAGGAGAAAACAGCAUCCAAAACUAUACACUCAGUGCCAAUGAAUAUUUUUGGCUUCAUGUUCAAAAGAACAAAGACGGAAUUAACAAUGUGGAUCUUGUUCUAAAGAGAUCACUAGACAGAGAAAAGGUGCCACAUCUCAAUAUCAUCCUAAUGGCUGUUGAUGGUGGGGUACCACAGAAAACAGGCACUGUUCAAAUUAAUAUUGAUGUUCUGGACAUUAAUGAUAAUCCUCCUCAAUUUUCCCAAUCUGAAUAUAAGGUAAAAAUAAAGGAAAACCUUCCUACGGGCACUGCAGUGGCUAAAGUGGAAGCUACGGAUCUUGAUUUGGGUUCAAAUGCACAAGUCACCUACUCAUUCCACAGAACGCCUGAAAAAAUAAACAGUUUGUUCCUUUUAAAUGAAAGGACUGGAGAAAUCACUGUUAGGGGACAGAUUGAUUAUGAAAAAGAAAGAAGUUAUAGCAUAAAUAUCAGAGCAAUAGAUGGAGGAGGACUUUCAGGUCACUGCAAGAUAGUAAUAGAGGUUGAAGAUGAGAAUGACAACCCCCCAGAAGUGUCCAUCGUAUCUUUGACCAGCAUCUUAAAGGAGGAUUCCCCAUUGGAGAAGGUGGUGGCCCUCUUCAGUGUUAGAGACCAAGACUCUGGAGACAACAGCAAAAUUGUCUGCUCUGUGGACAUGAAUCUCCCUUUUGUGCUCAAAGGCACCACAAACAACUUUUACCAGCUUGUGCUCCAAAGUCCCCUAGACAGAGAGAUGGUCACUGAGUACAACAUCACCAUCACAGCCAUUGACUGUGGCUCUCCUAGGCUCACUUCAACAAGACUGAUUAAUGUUCAGAUUUCUGACAUCAAUGAUAACCCUCCUCUUUUUGAAAAGGCCUCAUAUGACAUGCAGAUCCGGGAGAAUCAUAUUCCAGGUUUGCUCAUCGGCUCAGUCCACGCUGUGGAUCUGGACACGAAGCAGAAUGCAAAAGUGACUUACUCAGUUCUGCCUGGGAAGGGUGAUGGCCUUUUGCCCACUCUCAUUUCAAUCAACUCUGAAACUGGAAACCUGUAUGCCCUCCGAUCCCUGGACUAUGAGCAGAUAAGAGGCUUCAGAGUUACUGUGAGGGCCUCUGAUGGUGGUUCUCCUUCCCUGAGCUCAGAAGUGAUUGUCCGCAUCCACAUCAUAGAUGAAAACGACAACGCUCCCUUCUUCCUGUAUCCCCUCCAGAACAACACAUCCCCAUGCAACGAGCUGGUUCCCAAGUCAGCCGAGGCCGGCUAUCUGGUCACCAAGGUGGUUGCAGUGGAUGCAGAUUCUGGCCAAAACUCUUGGCUUUCCUAUGAAUUGCUGAAGGCCACGGACCCAGCCCUUUUCAGCAUAGGAGCGCAGAAUGGGGAAGUGAAAACCAGGAGAGCCCUGAAUGAGCGAGACACAAACAAGCAGAGGCUGGUGAUUCUGGUCAGAGACAACGGUCUUCCUCCCCAGACCAGCACGGCGUUGCUUAAUGUCCUUCUUGUGGAUGGCUUUUCGGAUCCCUUCCUGAGGAGGGUGGAUGUCAGUGUGCAAGAACCGGAAGAAGAUAAAACCUUGACCAAGUAUUUGGUGAUCUGCUUGGCUGCUGUCUCCUUUGUGUUCCUGGUCUGUAUUGUUGUGUUUGUUGUGGUCAAAAUCCUCAAGAAGGACCCCCAAAGCCAUUUUACUGCAGCUGUUCCUCACUUCCCACCUGCCAGUGCUGAUGCCCCAGAGAACUGUGCAGAUUCACAGAAUGGGUCGCUUCCCAGGACUUACCGUUAUGAUGUUUGUUUGACUGGUGGAUCCUUAAGUAGCGAGUUCCGAUUUCUCAGGCCCCUCUUUCCUGUCUUUUCGGUGGGAGAUGUAAACAUUCCUGGGUAUCAGAAGAAUUCUGGUUGUGAAGAUAUCUCUGAGCAGGUUGCAGAUAACCAAUUAUAUGAGCAGCCAAGUACAGGAAAUGUGCUCAGAUCAUUCAAGUUAAACAAUCAUACUGGAGAAAUUACUGUUGAAGGAAAAAUUGAUUACGAAGAAAAUGGCACGUAUGAAAUGAAUACGAAAACCAAAGAUGGAGGUGGACUAUCCGCUUACUGUAAAGUCCAUGUGGACAUUGAGGAUGAGAAUGACAAAGCCCCAGAAAUGACGCUAUCACCUGUCACUAAUUCCACACCAGAAGAUUCUCCCCCAAGAACAGAAGUGGCCAUUUUCAGUACCAUUGACCCAGACUCUGGCAACAAUAGCAGAACUACUUGCAACAUUGAUUCCAACCUGCCCUUUAUCAUAAAAUCCACAAAGAACAAUUAUAUCAAUGACAACUCUCUGGUAUUUGAAAAAUCUUUUUAUAAUUUGCACUUACAGAAAACAAUUUCCAGGAAGCGUAUGUUUGGAGCAAAAAUUGAAGAUAAAGAAAUUUCCUACACAAUGGAAGAUCACUUCCUCAAGGACAAACAAGGUCUGUAUCUUUUGCUUUUCCUCAGUCUUUUUGGAACACUGUGUAGUUCAGUUCAUUAUUCUGUCCCUGAAGAAAAGAAAAAUGGGUUUGUGGUGGCUAAUGUAUUGCAGGAUUUGAAAUUGAAAAAAGGAGAACUCUCUACUCGUCGAGCCUGUUUAAUUUUUGACAACACUAAGGAAUAUUUCCACCUUGAUAUCCAAAGUGGGAAUUUGUUGAUAAAUGAUAAAAUAGACAGAGAAGUUUUAUGUGGCCAAAAGGAGCCUUGUAUAAUUUUAUCCCAAAUUGUUCUAGAAAACCCACUGAAAUUCCAUAGUAUUGAAAUACAAGUAGAAGAUGUGAAUGAUAAUGCUCCUAACUUCACAAAAAAUAUAUUUACUAUACAAAUACCAGAACAUGUCCCAGUGAAUACCCGAAUUCAGAUGGAGUCUGCUCAAGAUGCUGAUCUAGGAAAAAAUGGUAUCCAAAAUUACACACUCACUAAAAAUUCACAUUUCACAGUAGACGUACAGAUUGAUGAACAUGAAAAGAGAAAUGUUGACCUUAUUCUGCAGAAACCACUAGACAGGGAGAAGAUGCCUCAUCUUCAGUUAAUUCUGAUGGCCAUUGAUGGAGGAGUGCCACAAAAAACAGGCACUGUUCAAAUUAAUAUUGAUGUUCUAGAUAUAAAUGAUAACUCUCCUCAAUUUUCUCAGUCUGAAUAUAAGGUAAGAAUAAAGGAAAAUCUUCCUGUGGGCACACUGCUGAUUAAGCUGGAGGCUAGAGAUCCUGAUUUUGGUUCAAAUGCACAGAUCCUCUACGCAUUCCAUCGAGUGUCUGAAAGAAUAAACAAUUUAUUCCUUUUAAAUGAAAGGACUGGAGAAAUCACUGUUAGGGGACAGAUUGAUUAUGAAAAGGAAAGGAGUCAUAGCAUAAACAUCAAAGGAAUGGAUGGAGGAGGUCUCUCGGGUCACUGCAAGAUAUUAAUAGAGAUUGAAGAUGAGAAUGACAACCCCCCAGAAGUGUCCAUCAUAUCUCUCAUCAGCACUUUAAAGGAGGAUUCUCUCCCAGACACAAUGGUGGCGCUCUUCAGUGUUAGAGACCAAGACUCUGGAGACAACAGCAAAACGGUCUGCUCCGUGGAGAUGAACAUUCCUUUUGUGCUCAAAAGCACCGAAAACAACUUUUAUCAGCUUGUGCUCCAAAGUCCCCUAGACAGAGAGACGGUCACUGAGUACAACAUCACCAUCACAGCCAUUGACUGUGGCUCUCCUAGGCUUACUUCAACAAGGCUGAUUAAUGUUCAGAUCUCCGAUGUCAAUGAUAACCCUCCUCUUUUUGAAAAGCCUUUAUAUGACAUGCAGAUCCGGGAGAAUCAUAUUCCAGGUUUGCUCAUUGGCUCAGUCCACGCUAUGGAUCUGGACACGAAGCUGAAUGCAAAAGUGACUUACUCAGUUCUGCCUGGGAAGGGUGAUGGCCUUUUGCCCACUUUCAUUUCAAUCAACUCUGAAACUGGAAACCUGUAUGCCCUCCGAUCCCUGGACUAUGAGCAGAUCAGAGGCUUCAGAGUUACUGUGAGGGCCUCUGAUGGUGGUUCUCCUUCCCUGAACUCAGAAGUGAUUGUCCGCAUCCACAUCAUAGAUGAAAACGACAAUGCUCCCUUCUUCCUGUAUCCCCUCCAGAACAACACAUCCCCAUGCAAUGAGCUGGUUCCCAAGUCAGCCGAGGCCGGCUAUCUGGUCACCAAGGUGGUUGCAGUGGAUGCAGAUUCUGGCCAAAACUCUUGGCUUUCCUAUGAAUUGCUGAAGGCCACGGACCCAGCCCUUUUCAGCAUAGGAGCGCAGAAUGGGGAAGUGAAAACCAGGAGAGCCCUGAAUGAGCGAGACACAAACAAGCAGAGGCUGGUGAUUCUGGUCAGAGACAACGGUCUUCCUCCCCAGACCAGCACGGCGUUGCUUAAUGUCCUUCUUGUGGAUGGCUUUUCGGAUCCCUUCCUGAGGACGGUGGAGGUCAGUGUGCAAGAACCGGAAGAAGAUAAAACCUUGACCAAGUAUUUGGUGAUCUGCUUGGCUGCUGUCUCCUUUGUGUUCCUGGUCUGUAUUGUUGUGUUUAUUGUGGUCAAAAUCCUCAAGAAGGACCCCCAAAGCCAAUUUACUACAGCUGUUACUCACUUCCCACCUGCCAGUGCUGAUGCCCCAGAGAACUGUGCUGAUUCACAGAAUGGAUCGCUUCCCAGGACUUACCGUUAUGAUGUUUGUUUGACUGGUGGAUCCUUAAGUAGCGAGUUCCGAUUUCUCAGGCCUCUCUUUCCUGUCUUUUCGGUGGGAGAUGUAAACAAUCCCCAGGGCCACAGAACAUCUUCUGGUUCCCAAGAUACUGGUCAGGAGAUUGCAGAUAGUCAAUUAAAGGAAGAGGCAAGACGCUUGCCCUCAGAAGUUGUGCAUUCUCCCUCACUGGAGAUUUUUAACAUUGGACAGCCAUUUGUCUGCAACUCACUGGCCACAGCUCGAUACUGGGCCACGGCUUGUUCCAAAUUUGGCCGCAAGAGUAGCAGGUACUUGCAUUCUUAUGACAAUAUACAAGUUUUGGAAAUGGUGAUGGUGAGGGCUGUAGACAAGGGCUUGCCUCCACUGAGCUCAGAAACCAUGGUCCGAGUUCUUAUCAGAGAUGAGAAUGACAACGCCCCCUUCAUCCUCUGCCCCCUUCAGAACAGCACUUCUCCAUCAAAGGAGCUGGUUCCCAGGGGAGCAGAGACAGGCUACCUGGUCACCAAAGUAGUGGCAACGGACAGGGACUCAGGGCAGAAUUCUUGGCUUUCCUAUCAAUUGUUGAAGGCCACAGAUCCGAAUCUCUUCGCUGUUGGGACUCAGAAUGGAGAAGUGAAAACCACGAGGCCGGUGAACAUCCAAGACAGUUUCAAACACACUCUUAUUGUGGCAGUUAGGGAUAAUGGGCAUCCGCCUCAGUCUGCCUCUGUGACCCUAAGAAUUCUUCUAGUGGACGGCUUCUCUGAUCCAAUUGGAACCAUGGAAAACUGCUUUUGGAGAAGGCAAGGUCUGUAUUUCCUUCUCUUUUUCUCAUUCUCUAAAGUAAUGUGUACUUCAAUUUCUUUUUCUAUCCCUGAAGAAAAGAAAAAGGGAUUUCUAGUGGCUAAUGUGCUUAAAGAUUUAAAACUGAAAACAAGGGAGCUCACAACACGCAAAGCACAUCUAGUUUCUGAUGACUCUGAGGAAUAUUUCCAUCUUGACAUCCCUACUGGAAAUUUGUUGAUUUAUAAUAAAAUAGACAGAGAAACUUUGUGUGGCCAGAAUGACCCUUGUUUACUUUUAACUCAAAUUGUACUAGAAAAUCCCUUAGACAUCUUUAAUAUUGAAAUCAAAAUAGAAGAUGUGAAUGACAAUAUACCCAAAUUUUGGAAAACCAAAGUGGAGGUGAACAUUCCCGAGAAUGUUCCUAAAAAUACAACAUUCCACCUGGAAUCUGCUCAAGAUGAGGAUCUGGGAGAAAAUAGCAUUCAAAACUAUACUCUCAGUCCUAAUGAGCAUUUUCAGCUUCAAAUACAUAAGCAGGAAGAUGGAAGUAACAAUAUGUAUCUUGCUUUGAAAAAAGGAUUAGAUAGGGAGAAGAUGCCUCACCUUGGACUGACUCUAAUGGCUAUUGAUGGUGGUAUACCACAGAACACAGGUACAAUGAAAAUUAAUAUCAAUGUGCUAGAUAUUAAUGAUAAUUUCCCCAAGUUUAGUAAAUCGGAAUAUAAGGUAAAAAUAAAGGAAAACAUUCUUAAGGGAACUUUGGUGACCAAAGUGGAUGCUACAGACCUUGAUUUGGGUUCAAAUGCACAGAUACUUUAUUCAUUUUAUCAAGUGCCGGAAAGAAUAAAUAAUUUGUUUCUUCUAAAUGAAAAAAAUGGAGAAAUCACUGUUUGCGGUCAGAUUGAUUAUGAAAAAGAAAAGAUUUAUAGCAUAAACAUCAAAGCCACAGAUGGUGGGGGACUUUCAGAGCACUGCAAGGUAUUGAUAGAGGUUGAAGAUGUGAAUGACAACCCCCCAGAAGUGUCCAUCAUAUCUCUGACCAGCUUCUUAAAAGAGGACUCUCCCCCAGACACAAUGGUGGCCCUCUUCAGUGUUAGAGACCAAGACUCUGGAGACAACAGCAAAAUGGUCUGCUCCGUGGAGAUGAACCUUCCUUUUGUGCUCAAAGGCACCACAAACAACUUUUAUCAGCUUGUGCUCCAAAGUCCCCUAGACAGAGAGACAGUCACUGAGUACAACAUCACCAUCACAGCCAUUGACUGUGGCUCUCCUAGGCUCACUUCAACAAGAUUGAUUAAUGUUCAGAUCUCCGAUGUCAAUGAUAACCCUCCUCUUUUUGAAAAGCCUUCAUAUGACAUGCAGAUCCGGGAGAAUCAUAUUCCAGGCUUGUUCAUCGGCUCAGUCCACGCUGUGGAUCUGGACAUAAAGCAGAAUGCAAAAGUGACUUACUCAGUUCUGCCUGGGAAGGGUGAUGGCCUUUUGCCCACUCUCAUUUCAAUCAACUCUGAAACUGGAAACCUGUAUGCCCUCCGAUCCCUGGACUAUGAGCAGAUAAGAGGCUUCAGAGUUACUGUGAGGGCCUCUGAUGGUGGUUCUCCUUCCCUGAGCUCAGAAGUGAUUGUCCGCAUCCACAUCAUAGAUGAAAACGACAACGCUCCCUUCUUCCUGUAUCCCCUCCAGAACAACACAUCCCCAUGCAAUGAGCUGGUUCCCAAGUCAGCCGAGGCCGGCUAUCUGGUCACCAAGGUGGUUGCAGUGGAUGCAGAUUCUGGCCAAAACUCUUGGCUUUCCUAUGAAUUGCUGAAGGCCACGGACCCAGCCCUUUUCAGCAUAGGAGCGCAGAAUGGGGAAGUGAAAACCAGGAGAGCCCUGAAUGAGCGAGACACAAACAAGCAGAGGCUGGUGAUUCUGGUCAGAGACAACGGUCUUCCUCCCCAGACCAGCACGGCGUUGCUUAAUGUCCUUCUUGUGGAUGGCUUUUCGGAUCCCUUCCUGAGGAGGGUGGAUGUCAGUGUGCAAGAACCGGAAGAAGAUAAAACCUUGACCAAGUAUUUGGUGAUCUGCUUGGCUGCUGUCUCCUUUGUGUUCCUGGUCUGUAUUGUUGUGUUUGUUGUGGUCAAAAUCCUCAAGAAGGACCCCCAAAGCCAUUUUACUGCAGCUGUUCCUCACUUCCCACCUGCCAGUGCUGAUGCCCCAGAGAACUGUGCAGAUUCACAGAAUGGGUCGCUUCCCAGGACUUACCGUUAUGAUGUUUGUUUGACCGGUGGAUCCUUAAGUAGCGAGUUCCGAUUUCUCAGGCCCCUCUUUCCUGUCUUUUCGGUGGGAGAUGAUAACCUCCCAGAGAACUCUCGGAUAUCUUCAGGCAUCAAAGAUACUUCUGAAGAGGUUGAAGAUAAUAGUGCAAAGAAAGAGGAGCUGCUUCACGAAGAAUCAUAUUCCCAGAGAGAGGCUGAGAAAAUGGAAGUAUCUCCUCCUAGCAGGCAAGUGGUCUUGUUCUUUAUUUCUCUAUGUAGCUCUGGUAUGUUGUGUGAACCGUUCCGCUAUUCAGUGCCUGAGGAGAAGAAAGCUGGAUCAAUGGUAGCAAAUGUGCUUAAAGAUUUGAAGGUAGAUGUGAAGGAGCUCUCUGCUCGCAGAGCACAGUUGAUUUCUAAGAGUUCCAGGCAGGAUUUCCAGCUGGAUCCUCACUCUGGGAAUAUAAUAUUAAGGGAUAAAAUUGACCGAGAAGCUUUGUGUGGUCUGACUGAUCCUUGCACUCUAUUCUCUGAAAUUGUGCUGGAAAAUCCUUUGCAAGUGUUCAAAAUUGAAGUUCAGGUAGAAGAUGUCAAUGAUAAUUCCCCUACCUUUUCUCAGAAUCAAUUCCUUUUUGAAAUACCUGAACAGACCCCCAUAAAUGCACGUUUCCCUUUGGAGACAGCCCAUGAUUUAGACAAAGGGGAAAAUGCUAUCCAGAACUACAUAAUAAGCACAAGUGAAUAUUUUAAGCUGGACGUGCAAAGUCAAAAUGAUGGCAGCAAAUAUGCAGAACUGCUUUUGGCAAAGCCAUUAGAUCGCGAGGUGAUCCCUCAGUUUAUCCUCACUCUGGAAGCCGUGGAUGGAGGGAUCCCAAGGAGAACUGGCACAGCACAGAUAAUUAUUGAUAUUCUGGAUAACAAUGAUAACGUGCCCCAAUUUGAACAAGCAGUCUAUAAAGUGCAGUUGAUGGAAAGUAGUCAUCCAGGCUCAUUGGUUGCUAAAGUUGAAGCCACUGACAAAGAUAUUGGAGUCAAUGCUCGCAUCAUUUACACUUUUAGCCAGGCACCAGCACAUGUGCUUCAAUCAUUCAGCUUAAACAACCAUACUGGGGAAAUUACACUUGUAGCGAAAAUUGAUUAUGAAAUAAACAGUAAAUAUCAACUCAGUAUCAAAGCCACAGAUGGAGGAGGACUCUCCACUUACUGCAAAGUUCUUGUUGACAUUGAAGAUGAGAAUGACAAUGCCCCAGAAAUAGUUGUAUCAUCCAUCACUAAUCCUUUACCAGAGAAUUCUCCCCCGGAAACGCUAGUGGUACUUUUUGGCAUCAGAGAUCAAGACUCUGGAGACAAUGGCAGAACUACCUGCAACAUUGACAAAAACCUGCCUUUUAUACUAAAACUGACUGAGAACAAUUAUUACCAGCUUGUGACUCAACAGCCAUUGGACAGAGAACAAAUGUCACAAUAUAACAUCACCAUCACAGCCACUGACCAAGGUUCUCCCAGACUCACUUCAAUGACAGUUAUUAGCAUUCAACUUUCAGACAUCAAUGAUAACCCUCCAAUGUUUGAAAGAUCUUUCUAUGAUUUGCACUUGAGAGAAAACAACAUUCCAGGACUGCUCAUUGGAUCAGUCCACGCUGUGGAUGUGGACACAGAACAAAAUGCCAAACUGACCUAUUGGCUUUUACCUGGGAAAAUCAGGGAUGUCCCCGCAUCAUCUUACAUCUCCAUCAACUCCAAAACCGGGAACCUGUAUGCCAUCCGAUCUGUGGAUUAUGAGGAUAUACAAGAUUUCCAGGUGAUGGUGAGGGCUGUAGACAAGGGCUCGCCUCCACUGAGCUCAGAAACCAUGGUCCGAGUUCUUAUCAGAGAUGAGAAUGACAACGCCCCCUUCGUCCUCUGCCCCCUUCAGAACAGCACUUCUCCAUCAAAGGAGCUGGUUCCCAGGGGAGCAGAGACAGGCUACCUGGUCACCAAAGUGGUGGCAACGGACAGGGACUCAGGGCAGAAUUCUUGGCUUUCCUAUCAAUUGCUGAAGGCCACAGAUCCGAGUCUCUUCGCUGUUGGGACUCAGAAUGGGGAAGUGAAAACCAUGAGGCCGGUGAACAUCCGAGACACUUUCAAACACACUCUUAUUGUGGCAGUUAGGGAUAACGGGCAUCCGCCUCAGUCUGUCUCUGCAACCCUAAGAAUUCUUCUAGUGGACGGCUUCUCUGAUCCGUACAUGAAAAUUAUGGAUAAUCCUAAGAGUGAAGUCCCGCAGGAGGAAGAUCAUACUCUAACCAUGUAUUUGAUUAUCUGCUUGGUUGCCAUCUCAUCCAUUUUUCUGCUUUCUGUCAUGGUGUUUAUUGCCACCAAGUUUCAGAAGCGAAGGAAGUUCAUAGGAAGUUCUCAUUCUGCAUCUAAUUUCCCCGUGGGACCAAGUUUACAAGACAAGUGUGUGGAUCCUAAUACUGGGACACCUUCCCAGGCCUUCAGCUAUGAGGUAUGCUUAGCGGAUGGAUCUCUGAGCAGUGAGUUCAAGUUCCUUAGGCCUUUCUUUCCUGUUUUUACUAUGGAGCAUCGAAAAACUCUGCUGAAUCCACAGAUUAGAAAUGAUUGCCGCGAUCUUCCUAAUCAAUUGGAGGAAAGAGAGGAUAUAUCCCAGGGUAAAGUUCCUUUGUCUGAAGAUCCUGCUGCUAAAUCUGGAGGCCCAAGCUGUACUGUAAAUCAAGCAAUAGGUGUAAAUAUGAACUCUGGUCAAAGCGACUGGCUUUCCUAUCACUAGAUGACACUUACCAACUCCAUCCAUCAUUCUGUCUCUGUCAGAAGAUACAUGCAAGAAUCAUCUAGACUGAAAAGAAUGGGUCCUCUGUAUAAAAGAACAUCAGAGACAAACUUUGAAAACUGUUUAAAACAAGCCAGAUUGAAAAUAACAAGAAUGCCCUUAUGCUGUUCCAUUCACUUUGACUGAAUUUGUGUGGAGUGAUAUACAAAUGGAUUAUGUGCAUACAUUUUACCUACUAUGUAACUGAUUUGUUAUUUCUGCUUUGUAGACUUUUAUAAUAGGCUACUGUUUUUUUAACCUAGGAGACCCUGCUGCAUGUUUAUCAUGAUGAUUCUUUGACUUAUGAUUUAUGAGAUUAUGCUCCUUCCAUAAAAUAUUUUAAAUAGCUAUAUUAAUUUCUUGGACAUUUUAUUUAUUUAACUAAUGGUCAAAUAAAAUGUACCUACAUAAAUUUUGGGUAACACAAGUGAUUAGAUAUGCUUAGUUAGAAAAAAAGUGAAUGAUUUUUCCAAUGAUGGUGCACUUAGAUCCUAGGUGUACCUAAGUCCUCAGUUACAUCAUUAUCUGAGGUUAUGCUUGAAAUAGUGAUUUUCACAAUACCCAAACUCUACAUGUGCAUGUCUACAUGCAAAAUGGAAUUUCAGUAAUAUACAAUUGUUCUUGAUUUCUUGCAAUCACAAUGUACAGUAUGUAGAUACUGUACAUUCAUACACACAUACAUACAUGCAUGUAUACAUACAUAAUAUACUGCAAGGUAACUAAUUCUUCUUUGGAAAAAGUAGAAUGAACUAUGCACAAUUUGAAAAGAGCGCCAUGCCUUCAGUGGCAUUAUAGUCAAGAGGACCAAAUAAGCUCCCUCAGUCCUUUGCUGCUCUUUAAGAUCUGUUCACUUACAAUGAUCAGAAAUUAUUCCAAAGGUAACUAAAAGAGAUUUAACACCAAUAUUGACAAUCCUUUCUACAGCAAAAAAAAAGAGUAAUUUAACAUAAAAUCCAUAAGAAAGUACUUCUAUUAAGGACUACUUUUAAAAAUCCUAUCUUUUAAUAUAAUUUUCUGGUUUUGUGCUUACAUAGUUAAAUGAGAUGUCUGUACAUUUUGUGUUUUAUUAGUAUAUUGUGUUCAGACUAUCACAAAAAUCACAAUUGUAAAGAGAUUUAUAUCUGGAUGAAAAAGUGUAGCAAGUAGUAUUAUAUUGAUGUAGCAGAUUAGAUAGUGAAGGAUGCAAUGCGGAAACAACUGGAAUCAGCAAGAAAAUGUGUAAAUGCUUUAAAGGAUGUGGAGUACAGUACACCCAUUUUGCUUUAUGCACUGUAAUCACUAUGUAAAGGGGAAAUAAAAACACCAUAUACAUAUUGUAAGUCAGAUUUUAAUAUGGUAUUUGUAUGCUCAAAAUUAAUAAAAUUGGUUUGUAAAUUCUUUAAA